AAAUGGGUGAACGUCGUCGCAGUACUUGCAAUCCAUCUGUUAUCCUUUCACCAACGCGAGCAUUGUGCAACAUUUCACCAUGGCUCACAACCAUAACCAUGGUGGCUGUCACGAUGAAAGCCACGAUCACGACCAUGACCACGGCAUUCCAGAGGCCCUUGGUCCGAGAGACAACCUCUACAGUCGCAUUGACCGUCCAAAUGUCGUCGCGUUGAAUGUUGAAUCUGGACAUGGACCAGAGGUCAUCAAACCUUGGGAUCAACGCCUUGACGAAUCAGUGUAUUUGGAGUCGGACGCGGAUGAUCAAAUGAUUAUUCGAAUACCCUUCACGGGCGCCGUUAAGCCUCGUGCUUUGCUUCUGAAGGCAGGACCGUCCGAAUAUACCCCUGCUAAAGUCGCACUAUAUAGUAAUGCCGAGGAACUUGAUUUCUCUGACAUCGCGGACCUGAAACCUACUCAAGAGUUUGAUGUAGCACAAGGACGGGAUAUCGGCGAAUAUCAUGUCAUGCCUGCCAAAUUUCCUAAUGUCACUUCAAUAACUUUGUUCUUCCCCGCCUCACAAGGUGCUGACACGACGCGAAUCUACUACGUCGGUUUCUUGGGUCAAUGGAGCGAGAGAAAGAUCGAACCUGUAGUAACUGUGUAUGAGUCCAGGGCGAAUCUUGCAAACCACGAGAAGAUUCAGGGAGUGGAAGGGGCUUACAGCUCGUCUUCAGCCUGAUGUCAGGUGACGAAGGAGUGAAAUAAUGCCUAAUGGCUUGUGUGCUUGUAGCAUAACAUGAUCCAUCGUCGUGGUAUAUUUUUCCAGGCCCGAACCCCGAUUCCCCGACGCGUUUAGCUUC